AAACCCUAAAAGAAGCAGAAGAAAAGAAGAGUGCACAGGUGUGGUGCGCUCUGUGCAUCGGGGAAAACAUGGGGAAACUUCAAGAGUUUGUGAUCACGUUUGACAAAAACAAAGUGAUGUACAGUCCUGGCGACCCUAUUACUGGAACCGUGACAAUCAAAUUGGUCCAGCCGCUGCAGUGUAAAGCCAUCAAAGUGAACUGCAAUGGUUUCUGUGGUAUUACCAGUAAGGUAAAUGACACGGCAUGGACGGUGGAGGAACAGUACUUCAACAGCACCAUCUCUGUUGCAGAUAAAGGAACCCUCAAGCAGGGAGAACACACUUUUCCAUUCAAGUUUCUCAUACCAGACUCUGCUCCAACAUCUUUUGAAGGCAACUAUGGUAGGAUCAUUUACAGAGUGAGGGCUUUUAUUGACACACCACGAUUUGCCAAGGACUACAAUACAGAGAAAGCUUUCUACCUGCUAAGCCUUCUAAACCUGAAUGAAGUGCCAGACAUAUGGGGAACCUGUUCAUCUGCAGUGACCCAGCAGUUCACCUACAUGCUGGUGAAAACUGGUACAGUGGUCCUGAAGGCCCAGACUGACAUGAAAGGUUACACACCAGGCCAGAUCAUCCAGGUGACAGCUAACAUCCACAAUGAGUCUGGGAAGACUACAGGCAACAUGGCAGCCAGCCUGAUGCAGAGAGUGACCUAUGAGACGAAGAGGCCCACCCAUGAUGUGAGGACGAUAGUAGAUGUGGAGGGUGGUGUGGUGAAGGCUGGCAAGGAGGUGGAGUGGAAGGAGCAGAUCAUUGUUCCUCCUCUUCCACAGUCCUCCCUCGCUGGCUGUGAUCUCAUAAAGAUUGAAUAUUACAUCAAAGUCAAUCUAAAGUCUCCAGAUGUCAUGUUGACAUUACCCAUCCACAUCGGGAACGUCUCACUAGACAAAAAACUGCAACCUUUGAAAAAAGCCACUCCUCCUCCCGCUGAACAUACACCAGCCUCUGCACCUGACACCUCCACAACUGACACCUCUGCCCUUAACCCCACACUGCCCCCUCACCCCAACCCCAAACCCGCUCCCCGUCCCACUCCUCGCUCCAGGUUGUCCAUCAAUAAUUCCCCCAGUGCUCCUCCAGCUGAGGACCACCAGGGAGCAGAGGGUGGGACUCCAAUGAACGAUGGCUUCACAAAUAAACGUCAGUCUCAGCUGGUGUCACCCAAUGCUUUCAGCUAUGCCCCCGGCUUAUUUUUCUCCCAGAACCAGCAGCACCAUGGUCCAGGGUCUGUACCCAGUGGGCCUAUGUUCAGUGAGUCCACAGUGGCCACAGCACCUUACCCCCUUGAGGGUGCUAGCUCAAUGCCAAUACCACUCAUCCUGCCUCCAGACUACGGCACCUCGGCAUAUCCACAAGGAUCCUGGCAUGGAUAAAAGCAGCCCACAACUUAAAAUAAGAAGCUCCUCCAUCUUAUAAUGAGAGCUGCAACACAUGAAGCGGAUGAAGAACCAGCAACCUCCCACCAGGAUGACGAUCACUUCACUCUAAUAUCAAAAAAAAUCUUAAACUAUAACUGCAAUUUGUGUACCAUGUUGGUGCGUUUUCAAAAGAAAUAUUACUUGGACAAAAUUACAAGAUACAGAGGAAACUUAAUCGAACAUACUAUGGUAAGGUUAUUUUAGGCCACUAAAAAGAUUUUGUGUAAGUUUCAAGCUUUUUUAAAUGUAAGAGAAUCCGCAUUUUGAAUUGAAAUGAAAGUGAAUUGAUUUAAUACUCUCCUGCCAAAGUGAACAAGUACCUUCACUAACCUAACGGAGGUUAUUCUCUCCUGUAAACCAGCCAAUCAAACACCGUCUUUUUGAAAUCAGUUUUUGGUAUACUUUUUGCACUUUGAAUGAAAGGAAAGAGAAGGGGGGUAUGCAGAAUUUGAGGAUACUUUUGAUUUGCUGUUCUUUGUACAGUAAGUCAUGUUGUACAGGAGUCAUGUUUGUAGUUGUAGGUUAUUUAGGUGGCAUCUGUGAUGUCAUGUUUGAAAGUUUUAUGUAUGAAAACCUGUGCAAAACACACUGAUUUAGUAUUUAGUAUUUAAUAUCUUUAUUGUUUCAAAAGUGAAAUAAAGUAAUUUUUUAAAGAAAACUGGUAAAGUCGUGUUUAAUCUUCUGGCAUAUUUUUCAUUCAUUUUGAGUUUUAAUAUUUAAACUGGACUAAAUGGUUUGUUGGGGAAGUUUUUUUAAUUUGCCUUUGAUCAGCAGUUUCAAUUUUAUGAUGACAAUGAACAAUCCAGAUUUUGCUGUUGUAAGUUAUCUACAUAGAGCAUUGUUUGAUACAAGGCAUGCCUCUGAUGAUUUCUGCCAUGUUUGAUAGUUUGUUACUUUAUUGUCCUUCGAAUGGUGUUGUAAUGACUGUAUACUUUCUCAGAGAAAUUGUGUUGUGCAGUAUAUUCACCUUCCCUUGCUCAAUGUGUGUUGGUUCUGAGUUCAUAAAUCCUGAUUGCUUUUUUAUAGUUGCACAAUAAUGCAACAUCACUGUGAUUUGAGGUUUUCUGUGGUCCUUCUUGAUGAAGUUCACACCAUUUAUCUUAAUCAUAGUUUUUUUUGCAUACAUUUUGAUGUUUUCUUGAAGUUAAAUCCAUCAAUCAUAUAGAAAGACAACGUUAGAUUUAUUUAUUGAGUGUUUUCCAACUGUUUUCUGGAUUCCAAUAAAUCUGUUAAAAACCA